UCUUUAGAAGAGAGAUUAAGUUUGUCCGGUUCCCCCCGUCCUCCACAUGGUUCGUUCCUCCCGGUUCGAAGCUCAAAGCGGGACGUUUCUGUUGUCGUCUGGCCGGUUGACGUUUCUCUGAGACGGAAAGAAACCGUAGGAUGGAUUUAACUACGUGUCUGAAGUCGCUGCUGCUGGCGAUCCAACAGUACCGAGACAGCAGGACGGCUCAACACGCAGCGCAGCUGCAGAAACAGGUGGAGGAGGUGGCGGGCCUGAGGUGUGACCACCUGCUGUCCUCGGGUCAGGUUCUACCCAGUGAGUGUGUGAGUGGACUGGUGGAGCUCGCAGGAAACCCGAACACCAGCCCUGCUCUGACGAGCUCCAUCAUCUCCCUGCUGGAACACUUAGCGAGUGACGAUGCAAGUUGGGAGAUUCUCCACAGCAGCUACAGCCUCAGCUGCACGCUGGCUGCCGUGAUCCACGGCCACAGCACCACACCGGGACACCCUCUGGUGCUACAGUGCCUUCAGGUGCUGCAGAAGCUGACGUACAGCGAACGCACCUUCCAGUCCUCCAGCUUCAUCAAUGAGCUCAUCGCUUUCCUCAUGACCAGCAUCCAGUCUCAGAACGAUGACAUCAUCAUGCCGUGCCUCGGUGUCAUGGCUAAUCUGUGCCGUGAUAAUCCGUCAGUGCAGAGUCACGUCAAGCGUCUGGACAACGUCAAACCGUUCUAUCGUACUCUGAUCAACUUCCUCGCUCACAACAGUCUGACUGUGGUGGUCUUCACGUUGUCCAUCCUGUCCAGUCUGACUCUGAGUGAGAAGGUGGGCGAGAAGCUCUUCGAUGCUAAGAACAUCCACCAGACCUUCCAGCUCGUCUUCAACAUCAUCGUCAACGGCGACGGGACUCUGACCAGAAAGUAUUCAGUUGACCUUUUGGUGGAUCUGUUGAAGAAUCCCAAAAUCGCGGAUUAUCUGACCAGGUAUCAGCACUUCUCAGCAUGUGUGUCUCAGGUGUUGGGGCUUCUGCGUUCAAAAGACCCCGCCUCUGCAGCCAAGGUGCUGGAGCUUCUCCUGGCCAUGUGCAGCGUCUCAGGUCUGCGCUCGCUGCUCUGUGACGUGGUCUUCAGACCAGCUGGACCCAGACUGGUGUCUGCAGGUCGUAGGCCGCGGGCCGGACCGGACUCUGGUCGCAAACCCGAGAAUGGACUGAUUCUGGUGCAGUGGCUCUGCGCGCCUAUGGAGGGCGCUGAAACGUGCUCGCUGCAAACUCUGCAGCUGUUGACCGAGCUGCUGGAGGAGACGCUGGCAGCAGAAAGCGUGUCUGAAGCCACGCUCAGCUUCGUGGAAAUGUUGCUCCCGGUCCUGUUGGAGCUGCUGAACGGCCUCGAUCCUGCAAAAGGAGACGCUCACCUCAGGAAACACGGCCUCCGCGUCACACACAUUACCGGCCUGCUGCUGGUCCUCUGCGGUGAAGAAUCCACCAGAUCGUUGGUGUCCUCUCAAGUGAGCGCUCAGGUCUGCCUCUCCCAGGUAGAAGCUCUCCUAUCCUGUUGUCAUAGCAACAGCCCCAUCUCCUGCCUGCCUCCUGGUUCUGAUAACGACCUCAGCCACGUGUGCACCGAAGCUCUGCUGAAGACUCUGGAGUUGAUGAGUAAACUGAGACAGCAGGUGGAAAACAUGGAGACCAGUUUCUACAGGAUGCUGCAGGACCAGAGGAUGGUGACGCCGCUCGCUCUCACGCUGACGUCCCACCACAGGGGGCGCGUGCAGACGGGACUCGCGCUGCUGCUUGAAGCCACGCCCCUCCCAGACUUCCCAUCACUGGUUCUGGGCGAAAGCAUCGCUGCCAACAACGCCUACCGUCAGAGGGAGGCCCAGCUGUCAAUCAAGCGAGUUGCGGUGCCGGACUUCCCGCCCCCCAGGACCGGCUCCAACAUCCUGGACUCCUCCAGCAGGUGCAGGAGCGUCAGCAGCCUGGUGGAGAAGAUCCAAACUGGAUUAGAGCUGCAGGAUCCGGCGAAGGACUCGCGCGUGUCUGAGCUCAUCGAUGUUUAUGAACAGAAACUGGCUGCUUUCGUGUCGAAGGAGAGCCGUCUCCAGGACCUGCUGGAGGCCAAGGCUCUGGCGCUGGCUCAGGCCGACCGGCUCAUCGCUCAGUACCGACUACAGCGAGCUCAGGCUGAGGCCGAGGCCCGGAAGCUGGCGUCUCUGCUGAAGGACGCUGAGCGGCGCCGCGAGGACCUGCAGGGCGAGCUGAGCAGCCAGGUUCUGGAGGUGGAGCGAUCCAGAGCCGACAUGGAGGAGCUGCUGCAGCACAACGCCAGGCUGCAGCGGGACUCUGAAGAGCACCAGGCCCUCAAAGGAGCCUACAACGCCUUGCUCAACAGGUUUAAUGAGACGGACAGUCUGCUGAAGGAGCUGCAGACGGCUCACGUCUCGCUCUGCAAACAGAACGAAGCUCUGAGGAAGAACCAGGAAGUUCUCCAGCAGCAGCAGGACAGGCUCGCCUCGGUGCUGGAGGAGAGGGAGCAGGAGGUCCGGUCCCUCCAGUCAGACGUGCAGAAGAAGAACGAUGACAUCACAGGUCUGCUCGCUCAACUCCGAGCUAAAGACGAGAAACUGGAGGAAAAAGACCAAGAAAAGAAAGAUCUGGAGGAGACGGUGGACGUUUUAAGGAAGGAGCUGAACAAAACCGAACAGGCGCGGAAGGACGCCAGCAUCAAGGCGUCCUCUCUGGAGCUGCAGAAGAGUCAGCUGGAGACCAAGUUGAAGCAGAAGGAAGAGGAGCUGAACAAGCACUCCGCCAUGAUCGCCAUGAUCCACAGCCUCAGCAGCGGGAAGGUCAAGAGCGACGUCAACCUGUCGCUCUGAGGAGCUCGGCGCCACCGGCACGAGGAGAGGCUCGAGAUGGACUUUAGAACUCUUCUAAUGAAACUCGUGUUAUCCAGCAGAAGCUGUACUUUAAGUGUGUGAGAGGUUUUUAUUGUUGAGUGAAUAAAUGUUGUCAUUCUGGAUCCUUCA